CAUCCAUAUAAAAUCAUUUAUUCCCCAGCCUCACUUUCCCAUCAAACGCAAAAACUUCAAACGCAAUGGCAACCAUUCAUCUAACUCUAGCUCCUCUCCUCAUCCUCGCUGCUGUCCUCCUCUCCACGGAGGUAACUGCUCAGCCCGCCGCACCAGCUCCUGGCCCUGCCGGUCCCAUCAACAUCACGGCAAUACUUGAAAAAGGUGGUCAAUUCGCUACUUUGAUCCGUCUUUUAAACACAACACAAGUGGGUAACCAAAUCAACAUCCAAGUCAACAGUUCGUCAGAAGGCAUGACCGUGUUCGCACCAACAGACAACGCUUUCCAAAACCUUAAACCCGGAACCCUAAACAAACUAAGCCAUGACGACCAGGUCAAGCUCAUUCUUUACCAUGUUAGUCCCAAGUUCUACACAUUGGACGAUCUUGUCUCCGUAAGUAACCCGGUAAGGACUCAAGCUUCAGGACGAGACGGUAGGGUUUAUGGACUUAAUUUCACCAGCCAAGGGAACCAAGUCAAUGUAUCAACGGGUGUCGUUGAGACACGUGUCAAUAAUGUAUUAAGAAAUGAACGUCCUCUUGCCAUCUACGUGGUGGACAUGGUUUUGUUGCCGGAAGAGAUGUUUGGAGAAAACAAAGUCUCGCCAGCGGCACCUGGUCCAAAAUCAAAUUCUCCUGAUGUCUCCGAUGACUCUGAGAAAGCAGGGGCUCCCUCAGAGAAGUCUGGCUCCGUUGAGAUGAAGGCUGGAUUAGGGUUUGGUCUUGGACUUGUUUUCUUAUGUUUGAAGUUCAUCGUUUGAUUUGGUUUCUAUAUGUUAUUUUCUUUGUUUUAUAUAUUUAUUUAUUGUGUGAGGUGUAAUAAAAGAAAUUUUGUUGGAUAUGAUGCAGGGUUUGAAAAUUGAAAUAAGAGAC